UCACAGUAACAUGGCGCUGGCGCAUUUCUCCGUGUGACAUUUGGUUCUUUUUAAACAUAAAAAUCAGACUAAAGUCGCGUUCAGUCCGUGUGAAUGUGGAGUAUAAAGCUUUAGUGCGGGACAUUCACACACUCGGGGUUGUGCUGCGCAGGGUUCGGGCUCGGUUCGCUUCGGGACUCGAUCUCACGGCUCCGGCUCCGGAUCAGAGCCGCGUUUGUGCGGCGCUUUCCCGACUCCGCCACAGAAAAAGAAGCUCCAAACCUCCGCCAGAUUGAGUCAAAUAAAACAGUGGAAAGGUUGUUUGUGGAGAAAUGGAGCAGUUUUGACAAAAGAUGCAAACUCCAGGCCCAGCGGACGCCUCCUCCGCUCCAGAGCCAGAAUCUGCUCCUGAUGCGUCUUUAGAACUUUCUCCCAGUUUACGAGGAAGACAACGCAAAAAAAAUCCAAAAUAUUUAGACUACCAAGUGAGUGAAGUGUACGACGGACAAACUCCAGCCAGGAAACGAUCUCGAAAGUCAAAAGUCCAAUCACAUGGAGCUACAGACGGAGAAGAGGAGGAGAGAGAGGAGGGAGAGGAAGAGAAGGAGGUGCCCAAGGAAACGCCUAAAAAAAGAGGGAGGAAACCAGGAGCGAAAAAGACUCCAGGAAGACCCAGAGGAGCAGGUCAGGGACAGAACGGAGAAGGAGUGACUGAAAAUGAGACCCCAAAGCCCAAAAGAAAGUACACGAAGAGGAAGAGAGGAGAGGAGGAGCGGAAAGAGGAAGAGGAGGAGAGAGGAGGAGCAGAAGAGGAGGAGGUGAUGACAGGAGCUCGGCCAAAAAGAGGAGCAGCACGAGCGGCUCUGAAGUAUCUCCACCGACUGGCCAAAGACGAGCUCCAACUCACCAACGAGCAGCCGAGUCAGGCCAACGGAGACUGUGACGCCCCCCGAGGUCCCCCAGCCCAGAAGAACAACACUCCCAGGGGCCCCAGAGGUCGUGGCCAUAAGAGGAAGAGUGUGUUCAGCAGCGAUGCAGAGGAAGACGAGGACUUUGUGCCAAACGCUGAAGAUGCAGAGGAGGAGGAUGCAGAGGAAGAUCAGGAGGAGGAGGACGAGGAGGAGGAGCUGGAGAUGCCUGAGGAGAGGGAGAAGUCCACAGCAUCACGACCCUGGUACGGUCAGAGAGUGAAUGGACUUCCCCACGUGACUCUCAACUCCAUCACCGUCUCCACUCAGACCACCAAGAAGUUUCGUCAGGAUUUUCACAGCUCCUGGGUGUUUCCAGACUGGGUUCCCUCCUCCACAGACUGGCGGCUGCUUCCCCCGAGUGAGGCGGAGAGUUACCUCCCUGAGGAGCAGCAGUCGGUUCUGUUCUCGGUGUUCAGGGAGGGGCUGAAGAAAGAGGAGCCACAGAGACUGCACAGGUUUUCCUCACUGCCCUCUCACUCCGAGCGCUGGGACUCUGUGUUCUUCUGCGGAGGUCCGGUCUGGUCCUUGGAGUGGUGUCCCACUCCGGAUCACUGCACGGCGGAUCAGUACCUGGCCGUGUCCUGUCACAGGACCAUGGACGAACAGCACCAGGUCAGCCGGCUCUACUCAGGCUCAGGCCUGGUCCAGAUCUGGGGCCUGGGGAGCCUCAAGUCCGACCAGAGACCAGACUCUCCUCCUGCUCUGCUCUACAGUCUGGCCCAGGACAGAGGCUUCGUCUGGGGGCUGAAGUGGUGCCCGGCCGGAGCCUGGGAGCCUCCGCACACGGACAGACAGGCUCCGCUGGUGCCCAGGCUCGGGCUGUUGGCCGUGGCCUCGUCUCUGGGCUUGGUGUCGCUGUACAGUCUCCCUCACCCACAGGCUCUGGUCGGCGCUGAGCAGAGAGACGACGGCGACGCUCCAGCCCCCGUCUUUAAGACUAACCCGUUGGUGACUUUGAGGUUAGGAUCUUUCAAAGCUCCUCGUCUCUCGAACUCUGGACAAGUUCUGAGUCUGGACUGGCUCCAACACAAACCACACAACCUCACACUGACGGGAGGGCAUCUGGGUGUUUCAGGGCACGUGGGCGUGUGGGACCUGGUCACUCGCUCGUCGUUGCUGCGAGUUCGAGAGGCGGACGGAUCCAUGACGCUUUUGCCCUUCGAGUGUUUCCUCGCCCACGACCUGCCGGUGCGCCACGUGUCCUUCUACCCCGCCUCCAGUCGUCUGCUGGUGACGGCCGGGGAGGAUCGUUUCGUAAAGACCUGGGACCUUCGUCGUCUGUUUGAGCCGAUCACACAACAGAAAAGAAACUUAAACACCGAGAUCUGCUGGCCUCUGUUUGCCCCGGGGCUGUUGGUGAGCGAAGAGGCGGCCUACGCUGCAUACACGACUCACGGGGUGCAUUUCUACGACCACCACAUGACGGCGCUGUUCCCCGUCCCUCGCGCUGGGACCAUGUGGUCCAUGGCGUACUCUGAUUGGCUGAACUUUGUGGCGACCGGCGACACUCUGGGGGAGAUGGUUCUGUGCACGCUGCCUCUGCUCACGCUGCAGUCGCCCAACUGCAAACGCACCAUCGAGAGGAGAUUCCCGAUUCAGUUUUCUUCACUGGUGCCGCUAAAAACCAUCGAAGAAGAAGAAGAACCGUCACAGGAAGUGCCUCAGACGGAGAGCGGUGAAGGGGGCGGGACAGGAAGUGAAAAUGUAGAAACCCCGAACCUCAGCGACCCCCAAGAGUUCAGACCCGACGCCUACGUCGACACGGCUCAGAGACACAGCCUCCUGCUGACCGACUUCAACCUGUGUUCCGUGCUGCAGUUCGCUCGUCGCCCCCUGUGGAAGAAGAUGAGAAGUGUCGAGUCUAAAGGUUCACUGAGACUCGACGACUUUCCCCUGACGGCUCUGCACAAGGUUCGGUUCAGCCCAAACUUCUCGUCGCGCACGUGGAUGGCGUCCGGCGGCCAGAGCGGCCUCGUGCGCCUCUUCUGUGUCCAGUGUGCAAACUUCAAACCCGGCGCCAAGUCCGGUCCAGAGGAGGCCCCGCCCACAGAGGAGGCCCCGCCCACCGCCGAGUCCGGUCCAGAGGAGGCCCCUCCCACAGAGGAGGCCCCGCCCACAGAGGAGGCCCCACCCACCGCUAAGACCGGUCCGGACGAAGCCCUGACCGGCUCCAAGUCUGCCCCAGAACUGAGCUCCGAGCUUGGGCACGAUGACCAGGCACUGCCCCUAUAACCCCGGAGCAGCCGGGGCGGGACAGACAGACAGGUUUAGUAACACAAACCAGGACUAAACCAGGACUAAACCAGGUCUAAACCAGGUCUAAACCAGGACUGAACCAGGACUGAACCAGGUCUAAAAUGAGAUUAAAUCAGGACUAAACCAGGACUGAGUAACUGCAAAAUAAUUAUUAUCAAAUUAACUUCACAUUAAUGUUGUAUUUUUAUUGCAAACUUUUAAAAAAUAUUUUUUCUUUUGUCUUAAAAUAAUGACUUCACACUGGAGCCUACGAAAUGUUCUCCUGUCUCUGCUCCUGUCAGCACCUGUCUGCUCCUGUCUGCUCCUGUCAGCACCUGUCUACACCUGUCUACACCUGUCUGCUCCUGUCUACACCUGUCUGCUCCUGUCUGCUCCUGUCCUGUCGUCUGCUCUCCAUGUUUUAGUUUUAUUUUAUACUUUUUUGUCACUUUCUUUAAACUCAAACUCAGGCAGAUACUUGAACACUUUUUACUGUAAUUUUCUAGUUCAAAUGUUUUUCUCUUUAAAAUUGUUUUUGUUUUUGCAUUUUUCUGAAACUUGAACAUUUUUAUUCUAAAUUAAAGACGGGAUAUUGUGCUAAAUCAUUUUCUUUACCUUUCUAAUGAGUUAUGACUCGUCUGAAGAGGAUUUAGAGUCACCCACGCAUGUCUGAGUAAUCUAGGGAUCUUAAUCCACAGUCUGAAUGAGGCUCCGCCCACAUGCUCCCACAGUACGAGUCUGUACGAGGCUCCGCCCUCAGGCUCCUACACGACAGUUCUUCAUAAAAACACAAAGACACAAAACUGAGCACAACAAGACAAACCUGAUGUUUGUGCAGGAGUUUCAUCAGUGGGACGCUCUGAAGGGGGAGUGGGUCAGCACAGACAGGCUGAGUGUUGGGAUAGUGCUCUGAAGGGGGAGUGGGUCAGCACAGAGAGUAAAGGGAGGGGAGAAGUACAGUAUUCUGUCUUUCAGGAGCGUUUGUAAUAUUGUGUAGAUUUGAAUUCCUUUUAUUGUUUUUGUAAAUAGAAUUGUAAGAUUUAUUCAUUUCUAUUAUCCAAAAUGUUUAAUAAAUAUUUUGUAUUAA